AUGUAACAACCUGUCCCAACAACUACAGGAGGUUCACUUUAACCAAUUUUAUCAAAUUAAAGAAGUCAAUCUGCAAAACCUUCAUUAAUGACAUUAUAAAAUCAAAGAACAAUAUAAUCAGCAAUGCAGAGAAGCCCAGUUAUUCCAUCUGGUCAAAGAGUCCCUUCUGGGAUAGGAAGCUUUGCCUAACCAACUAAUAAUAGUCAACGGAUUUAAAGUGGUUAUACAAGAAUUCAAAGUGGUUAAACUAGAGUUGGUGGUACAAGAAUAUAAAGUGCAGCAAAAUCAACAAGAAGUAUUGUUAAAGAAUUGUUUCAUAUCGAACCUAAAGAAAUUAUAUUUGAAGACAUCAAGACUGGAAUACUUUAUGAACAAAUAUUGAAUGUGUAGAAUUUAGCUAAAUAUCCUGUCAGAAUUAGAGUGUAACAACCUAAAAGUAAUAAUUCGUAUUUAAGGAAGCUUCUAAAUUUCGAGCUGACUAUGAUAUGUAGUAAGGUAUAGCAGCUGGAUUAGGUCUAAAGGUCUUAGUUUUAUUUAAGGAAUCGGAAAGAGAUAUUGCAGCAUUAAAUUAGCAUUAAAAGCCACCUCCUUUUUAUAAAGAUGUUAUCAUUAUAGAAUCCGAUGAAUUUAAAGUUGAAGUACAUCUAGCUGCGUAUAGAGCAUGUCCUAAAUUAAAAUUUAAUGAAUUCAUUGAUUUUGGAUUUGUUCAAUAAGGAACUGAAAACACAAAAUAAUUAAUUAUAUAAAAUGUUGGUUUUGCAGAUGCCAAAGUUUAAAUAAAGAGUGAUUUGUUAAAUCUAAGAGCUGUACCAAAUUUAAUUACGAUUGCUCCAGGAGAAUAUCAAUCCAUUAACAUAGUAUAUAAGGCUAAUGAGAUGGGCAAUUUUAGAUAGACUAUGGAUAUUGUAAGUGAAAAUUUAUCAUAAAAAUUGGAUAUUGCAGCAUGUUCUGUUGAUUAUACUAGAUUUUUAAUGGAUUCUAAAGGAUCAUAAGUUACAUCCUUAGAUUUUGGAGAACUUUAUAUGGGUAAAACUAAAAUUAUUAAACUUAAAUAUGUUAAUAAUGCUCCAAAAGGGCAUUAAUUUAAAAUUCUCACUAGAAGAGGUAUAAUAAACCCUAAUGAUGAUAUUGUAAAUCUAUAAACUCCCAAUGAGUUAGGUAUAGAGCAGAGUGAAAAAUUAUUGGUUGUCUAACCAUCGAAUGGAUAUAUUUAGGCAUAUUCUAGCAUUGAAUUAUCAUUAAUUUGUAUGAUCUAAAUAACUCCUAAAGAACACUAAUUAGCUAAAAAAAUUUGUUUUGGAGUUGAUGUUGAGAAAGAGUAAAUGAGUAGAGAAAUAAAAUAUUCAAUUAUUGUUUAAUAACCUGAUGAAGAUCUGAUUGCUUAUACAAAUGUGAAAGCACUACUUCCAUUAGUAAAAAUAUCAAAAUAAUCAUUGUAAUUUGGAGAUUGCGAUGUUAAUGAUAAUAAGGAUAUUCUGUUCACUAUUUCUAAUUUAUAAAAUUAACCUGUUGAAAUCUCAUUUUAAAAGGUUUCUUGUUUCUUUUUUAAGCCUGAGGGUGUGACAAUAAAUGGGUUAUCUUAAACUACUGUGUAAGUUAAAUUCACUCCAAAAAAUGUAGGAAAAUAUAGUUAAAAUAUAGAUAUGAUACUAAAUGAUUAUCUAACUAUCCCAGUUAAGGUAAAUGGAGAAGCUUUAAAAAUUACCAAAAAAAGACCUUAAACUAGAGGUCCAGAAGCCAGAGCAGAGGAUUUUUAAAUUGAUCCAAAAUUUAUUGAUACUAAAGAAAUUGAAUAUGUAAAAAAGAGAAAUAAUGAACUUAUUGAAUAGAAUCAUCAGCCUGGAAAUAUUGUUGAUGGCUAUUUUGAAGAUACUUAAAAAAAGCCAAAAAAUACAACAUAGACAAAUAAUUUUUUAUAGGAUUCAAGAAAUAAUCGAUUAGAAAAAUAGAGAUAAUAAAUAAUUUAAUAAAGAGUAGAAACAAUAACAAAAGCAUAAGAAAAGUAGAGAGAUGAGGGAUCUAAACCUCCUAAAGAUUAUGAAUUUGAAUUAGGAUUAUAAGUAGAUAAUAUGGAUAAUGAUAUUGAAAUUCCAUAUCGUAAGGAAGGUUUAUAUGUAGUAAAACCAUUUUAAUAAUAUGAACCUUUGAAAAGAUAAGAUGAUGAAUUAGUAGAUUUUAAACCUGAUCCAAAAUAACCAGUUAAGAGAAUUUUAUCAGGAAGACCUUAAUCACAUAAAUAAGUAAGAGAUGUAAAUAGAGAAUUAACAGCAGAUGAUUUGAAAAGAAUUUAAGCAGGUCCAAUUAAAAUUGAUUAUGGUACUAUUUAUAUAAAUACUCCAAUGUCAAGAACAUUCUUUAUUCAUAAUAAUUUGAGAUAUGCUAUAAUAGCCAGACUUUGUAUAGAUAAAAAGGAAGAACUUAGAAAAACAUUCUAAGAUCCUUAAGUAAUUGAUAGUGGAGAAGAAGGUCAAUUUGAAAUAAUUGUUUAAGCUUAAUCUUUAGGAUAAUUAAAAUAAACAUUAAGAUAUAUAUUAAAUGAGAAACACUCAUUUGAAAUUAUGGUUGUUGCUAAUGUAGAAACUGUUAAAUUAGAAAUUUCUAAAACUACUAUCAAAAUGUAAUUUAAUGAAGAUGGAGGAAUGACUGUGAGUGAUUCUAUUAAAUUAAGUAAUAAUGGUGUUGGACCAGCACAAUUUAAUUUUAUUUAACCUGAAAAUUCUAAAUUUACUCUUGAUUGUUUAAAUGGAAUAAUCUAAGGUUAAUCACAAUAAAUUAUUUAAAUUACUUAUACACCUAGUAAAAUUAUGAAGGAUCCUUAAGAUCCUGAAAGUGAUGUAGUAUUUAAAAAUUAAAAUCCCACUCGCCAAGAUGAAGAGAAAAUCGUUUUAAAAGUUAAAGAUGGUUCUGAAAUUUAAUUAAAAUGUAUUGGAUUAGUAAGUGAUGUCAAAUGUGUUUGCAAAAAUACUGUUGAAUUCCAAGAAAUAUGUGUUGCUUAAGAAAAGUCUUUGCCAUUUUAAGUAAAAAAUACAAGUAGAAACAAUGCAAUAUUUAAGAUUUUAACUGAAUAUUUACCAAUAGGAUGCAAUGUUAUUCCAGCAUCUGGUAAAAUAUUACCAGAAGAAAAUAAAGAAUUUACAGUUAAAUUAAAUUGUGAUAAACCAAUUAAUAUAAAUACUUCAAUAUUAUUAAUGCUAAGAUCAGGAAGGGUACUUAGAAUACCUUUAACUGCAUAAUGCAUAGUUCCAAAUGUCAUAAUCACUUAAUAGUUAUUUGAUUUUGGAGAUGUUACUACUUUAGGAAAUUAAACUGCAUUACCAUUAACGAUAGUAAAUAAAAGCAAUGUUGAAGUAAAGUUAAUUUUAGAUUUAAGAAAUGAAGAUAUAAAUCCAGAUGCCAAUGAAGGAGUAGGAUGCUUAAUACUAAAAUAAUAAUCAGAAUUAUUCAAGAAUUAUGCUGAAGAAGAAUAAUAAGAAGAAUCAGAUGAUGAUCUUCUUUCUUCAGCAAGAUAAAAAAAGAAAAUGAUAUGCUAAAAUAAAAAAUUCAUCUUAAUUUUAUCAGCUUAAUAAACUGCCUAAUUUCAAUUACAUUUUUAUCCAAAAGAAUUAAAACGAUACUAAUUUUAAUUGCCAAUAGAAAUCUAUAAAUUUGGUAUAAUAGAUACAAUAAAAAGAAUGGUUUAAGUAUAGGGAUGUUCACCAAAAUUUAUAGUUGAACCUAAAACAGUAGAAUUUCCAAGAAAAAUAAUAUUGUCACCACCUGAAAAGAACAAACCAAAUAUAUAAGAAAUUUUAUUGUCAAAUCCAGAAUAUAAAGGAAUGCAAUUUAAAAUUUAGAUAGAUGCUGAUACUGGUAAUAUUCCAUCAGUUUUUCAAGUAAUACCUCUUGCAGGUAGAGUAGAUGCUGGUUAGACUUUAAGAGUUAAAGUUAUGUUUAAUCCAAGAUAUGAAGGAACUUAUUCUAAACAAGCAUAAAUAUAUCUUGAAGAUAGUAAACCAGGAUAACCAUAUUUGAUUGUUUAACUUCAUGGAAUAGCUGCUAAACCUAGUGUUUAAUUUGAUAGAAGAGAAUUAAUACUUUGUCCAGUUCCUUUAGGGAUAGAAUCUAGAUUAUAGUUUAAGAUUUUUAAUGAUGGAUUUGAGACUUAAAAAUUAUCAGUUAAACAAUUAGAAGGGUUUACUGUAGAAUUCUUAGAUGGCCAAACAGUUGGAAUUACAAAAUAAUAUUUAGAUAUGAUUAUCAAGUAUACUGCUUAGAAUCCUAUUUCAAUAUCUUAAACUUUAGAAAUUAUUGAUGAAACUUAACAUAGUUAUAGCAUAAGUGUCUCAGCAACUAGCGAUAAUUGUUCAUUUACUACAUGGAUGUAUGAUAAUCAAGCAGAAAUUGCACUUGUUAAAGGAGUGCCUCAUUUAACAGAGAUAAAUUAAACUGAUGAAUCAGAAGAUAGUAAAGAUUCUAUUCAUAAAAAAUUAACAUCAACUCAAUAAAUUUCAGAAAAGGUUAUUGAAAGUAAAUGUGAACAUUUAUAAAGAUGGUACAAUCAAUUUGUUGGAUAAUUAGAUAUAUUUCCUACAUCUAUUAUUUUAAUGUAAGGUCAUCAUAUAUUUGAACUAAUUUAAUUUUUAACCGGAAGAACUUAGUUUCCUUUUAGAGCUUAAUUAUAAAAUAUCAAGUAGAAAUCUUAGAUAUCAUAAUUAUUGCAUCAAUAAUACAAAGAAUUGUUGCUUCAAUUAAAAGUAGAUGGAGCUUUAUUAAAUUAGAUUCGUCCAUGUUAUUUACUCAGUUAUGAAGAUUAUUAGUUUUAUCUAAAAACAGUUGAUAUGAAAUUUACACAUCCAGAUUUCCAAAAAUAUUCUUAAUAGUAAUUUGACUUAGUCUCCAAAACUUCAUAUUUAAUACUUUUUACUCAAAUCUUACGAAUAUAUUAUUUACCAAGAGUCACAUUGAAAGCUAUGAGAUAAAUUAAUGGAAGUAUCAAUGAAUAUCCUUAAUCAAAUGUUUAUUCAUCUUAAGAAAUGUUAAUUUUAAGAUGGAUAGAAUUGUAGGCUACAUAAUAUUGGAAGGAAUCUAAAAGUAUUAGAAUAAUCAAUUUUGGAAUGUUAAAAGAUGCUCAUAUUUUAACAGCUAUGCUUUUGAGUUACUUAGGCCCAGGAGGAUUAAAAUAUUUUUAACCAUUAGGUUAAAUAACUAAAUAGGAAUAGGACUGUAGUCGAAACAUGUCUAUUUUCUUAAAAGGUUUACAAGAUAUAGGUAUUGAAUCUCAUUUAGUACUUAAUGAUUGUGUUAAUAUGAGUAAUCCUGAAAGUUUAUUGAUGCUUAUGCUUUUAUAUACAUAAGUCCCUAAUUUUAUGCCAAAAAGAGAACCUUUGAUGUUUAAAUGUGUUUUAGGAUCAAUUAUAAUGAAAACAAUUACUUUAACAAAUACGACAAAAGAACCUAUUGUUUAUUUUGUUAAAUUAGAAGGCUCUUCAGAUUUUUCUAUUGAGGAAGAUUAAAUUAAAAUUGAACCAGGAGGGAAAUAUAAUUAUAAUAUUAAAUUCACUUCAAGAAUUAGUGAUGAAUAAACAGCUUUAAUUACUUUUUGUAACAAGAAAGGAAAUAAAAAUAUUGCUGCUGCAAUAGUUUAUGAAUUAAAAGGAGUUAUAUCAGAAAGAGUGAGUUAAAAAAUAUGGACUGUCAGUUCAGUUAUGUAUGAAAUGAAAGAAUUUAGUAUAACAGUUUAAAAUACAUUUACAAAUUCUGAAUUUGGUCAUUUUACUAUUUCAAUAGUUCCAAUUAAAGUUCCAUUAGUUAUAGAAACACCAAAAAAAAAAAAGAAAGCUAUGUCAAUGGCAGAAAAGAAGAAAGAUGCAGAUAAUGAAUUAAAAGAAAAACAAAGAUUAGAGAAAUUAACAUCAAUUGAAUUUCCUCCAGCUUUUUUCUGUAAAUAAGAGAGUAUUAGAUUAAAAAGAGGAGCUUAAUAUAAUUUACCAAUGUAAUAUUUACCUACUUAAUUGCAUUAAUAAAAGUGUAUGGUAGUAUUUUAAGAUAAUUCAGUUGGUGAAUUUUAAUAUGAAAUUCAUGGUAAUGUGGAACCUCCAGAAGUUUUAUAUGAUCUUAAACCUGAUCUAUAAGUUUUUAUUGAUCAAGUUGCAUCUUUCUAUCAUCAUGUUCCAUUUUUUAAUCCUUAAUUAAAGGCAGCAUUAAAGUAGGUUGAUUAACUCACUAUUGAUAAAAAAAAAAUAAUAAAUCGUUAAAAUUCGAAUUCAGUCACUUUAUAAAAUAAACCAAAUAUUCCUAUUGAUGAUAUCAUGUUUUCAGUCUAAUUGGAAGAACCUUAAUCUUACAUAAGUUGUGAUAAAGCAUUCUAAUUAGUCAACUAUUAACAAUUAUUGCUUAAUUAAACUAAAAAUUCUGAGGAUGAUGAUGAUCCUUAAUAAUAACUUUAGAAAUCUGAUGAAAAAUAAAAUUUAAUUUAAUUUUCAAUGAAUUUUAAAACUGCUGUUAAAGAUUAUCUUAGUCACUUUAUGUUAGUAAAUGAAACUAAAACUGAUGUUAGAAGAUUUAGAAUACAAAUAACUUCACUUCCAAAACCAAUUAUGGUUACACUUGAAAUGACCAUUCCUGCUAGAGAAAUAGUAACUUAAGAAAUACCAAUAGUAAAUAAUACUGAUCGUGAUUUUAAUCUAAAAAUUAAUUUAGUUGGAGAUGAUCGAUUUUCAAUAUUAGGUGAUGGUUAAAGUAAAAGAAAAAAAUAAGAAAAAGUAGCAGAUCAAAAAGAUAUAAAAGAAAAUAGUCAAAAAAACAAUAAAGAUUAAGAUUUUCAUUAAUAAAAUAUAUAAAGAGAAUAAUUAAUAAAAAAGAAAUUAAAUAAUUAACCAACAAAUGGUGCAGUGGUAGUUUAAUUUGCACCAGAUUGGAUUUGUGAUGUUAAAGCAAAAUUAUCUAUAAUAAAUCCUCUAACAAAUGAUUUUUAUGAAUAUUUAUUAAUAGGAAAAGGUGAAGAACCAUUAUCAGAAGGACAUUAUACAAUAAAAGCAGUUGCAAGAUAACCAAUCACAUAGAUAAUUCCAGUGAGUAACAAUACAAACGAUGAAUUGAGAUAUUCAGUUGAAACUGAUGUUUUGAAUGCUGCUGGUGAAUAAGAGAUAACAAUUUAACCAUAAACAACAUAUGAAUAUAAAUUAAAUAUUAAUCCAGUAAUAAGUGGUUAAUUUACAGGAUCUAUAACUUUUACAGGAAAUGGACAUUAUAGAUGGUGGACAAUAAUGUUAGAUACUGCUAAUCCUAAACCAUUAGGUACAGUAGAUUUAGUUUCUCCAAUAAGAAAAGCAAUUGCAUUUGAUAUAGAAAUUGCUAAUCCUUUGCCUGAGAAUGUGACAUAUGAAGUUUAAAUUAUAGGUGAAGCUUUAUCAGGUGAUUCUUGGUUUUCAGUUUUGCCAGGAGGAACUUCAACAUAUUAAUUAGUAUUUUAACCACUUUAAGAAGGAAGAUGGAAAGGGAGUAUUUCAUUUUGUCAUCCUAAAAUGGGUGAAAUAUGGUACACAUUAAAUCUUAUUGGUGAAGAUAGAGGAGGUAUUAAAGUGCCAUAAUUUAAAACUGAAUUAGGAAAAUUAGAUAAAUGUGAAAUGUUACUUGAAAAUCCAACUUGCAAUUCUAUUAUUGCAGAAAUUGAAAAUAGUAAUUCUACUAAUUUCUCUCUAGAAUUUGAAGGAGGUUAAUAAUUAAUUUUAGAACCUUAUACUUUAAAACCUGUUUAUGUUGUAUUCGUACCUUCAGCUCUUACUGCUCAUUCUGGAGAAAUUUAAAUUAAAACAAAAGAAAUAGGUAAAUGGAUCUUUUUAUGUUUUGGAACAGGUGAAUCCCCUACUCCUUUUUAAGAAACUACUGUCAUAUGUAAAGCUGGAUAAUCUGUUACAUAAUAGAUUGAAUUUAAAAAUCCUUUAAAAGAUUCUUUAACUGUUUAAUUAGAAAUGUAAUAAUAAUAAGAAGGAAUCUUUACUUUAAUGAUGAAAAGAUAAAGAAUUACCAUUGCUCCUUAAUCGAGUUUACUUAUACCCUAUUAAUUUAGUGCUGUUGAUAUUAAAUCUUAUAAAUGUAAUCUUGUACUCACUAUGAAUGCUUAAGUUAAAUGGACUUAUCCUCUUUUAGGAUUAAUAGAGAAUGAAGAAAUGAAUAAUGUUCAUCUUAUAUAAACAAAAUGUAGAAUACCUUUAGUUACUAAAUUAAAUGUUGUUUUAGAUGGAUUAAAAAGUAAUGAGAAAGUUAUGUAUAAAAUAACAGAUAUGGAAAAUUUAAAGAAACACUUAAAAAUUAAUUUACAUGAUCAUCAAAUUAAAGAUGUUACUCAACCUCUAAGUUUUGAUAUUAGAUUUCUUCCAUAUAAACCUUUUAAAUUGUCAACAGAAUUACAAGUUAAAGUUGAAUCUGGAGGCUUGUGGAGGUAUUUCAAACUAUUUAAUUAAUAGGUUUAAAUUAUAAGUAAAUGCAUUAGAGCCAUAAAUUGAUGAUAUCAUUGUCAUAACUUCUGAAAUCAAUCUAUUAACGAAGGUUAGUUUUAGAUUGACAAACAGAAUUGAAGAAAUUGCUAAUUUUAAAGCUUACUUUACACCAGAUUCUAAUCCAGAAUUUUCAGUUGAACCAUUAACAGGUCUAUUAGAACCUCAUGGUAAAAAAGGAACAGAAUUUAAAUUGGGCUUUAAACCUAAAGAAUAUGGAAUUCGAAAAGAAGCUAAAUUAAUUAUCGAAACUGACUCUAUGUAUUGGUAAAAUUUAUAUAUAAACUUAAGGUCUUAUAUUCUUAAAGGUCAUUUACCAAAAUAUAUUCCUCCAACUAAUGUCAAAAGUCAUGGAAUAAAUAAUGAGAUUAUCAAAAUUCCAGCACAUAAUAACGAUAAGAAUUUUUUGAUAGAAAAUAUGAAGAAGCCAAAUAAACAUAAAUGA